AUGUCAUUAAAGUUAAAUGUCACGUCAGAUUAUAAUCUAAUUUAAAAAAAUUUCAAAUAAAAAUACAGAUUUUUAGUGGAAAAACUACAUUUUGAAGUUAAAAUGGAAGCCCAAGCAAAACGACCAAUCAAAAGACCUACGAAAAUUGAAGAAAUGACGAAAGAACAAAUCAGGCAAGCGAUCGUAAAAAAACAGGAAUGCAAUGCGAAAGCUCAACAUAUAGUCGAGAGUCUGCUUGAAAAAAACAUACAGGAAGAUUAUUUUCUUAAAUGCUUGUGUGAUAUUAACCAAAGUCACUUUGAGGAUGUGAUAGAAGAGAGAUCUAUUUUACAUUUAUGCGGCUAUCCCAUAUGCCAAAAGACCCUGUGUCAAAAAGAUAUUCCUAAACAAAAGUAUAGAAUAUCUAUGAAGACGAAUAAAGUUUACGACAUCACGGCAAGGAAGAGUUUCUGCAGUAACAUUUGUUACAAAUCUGCAGUGCAUGUAAAAAAACAAAUGUUAACAAGCCCUCUAUGGUUCAGAGAGUAUGAAAAGAUACCGCAAUUCAGUCUAUUACCAUUAGACUCAGUGGGGAGUAUGGGCCAGGAGGUUGACUUGAGUUUGACUGAAAGAAUUGUUUUGAAAGCUGAAGGUCAGACAUUUACAUCAAUAAAUGAUUUCACAAAUGCCACACUUAAUGAGAUGGAUAAGCAUCAAAAUAAAACUGGCAACAAUGGAAAUAGUGAAACCAAUAACCUGUAUUCCAAAACAGAUAAUAUAAUUGGUGUUUCUAAAGAAACAAAUUCUCACCUUCAAACUGAAGGAACUAACAGAAAUAAUCAAUCUACUAAUAUCACAACUACAGAAAAUACUACAGUUAAAAAAGAUGUGAAGAAUACUUCAAAUAAUCUAUUAGAUCUAGCUGGUGAAUCUACAAUAAUUCAAAUUCCCAAAGAUAUUACAACAGUUAAAGAAGAAUCAGUAUCUCAGAAGAAAACUUUGAAUAAUCCAUUAAACAUAAUUGGGGAUGUGAUUGAGAAGCCCGGGAAACAAAUAGAUCCUAUACUAGUAAACAAUCCUAACUCUGCAAUGCAAGUUAAAAAUGCUACAAACAAUAAAAGAGGCCUACAGAAAAAACAACCAUCGAUCACAGCUAUAACAAUUGAGGUAGAAAAAUGCUUAGCUGAAUGGUUUACCAUAGACACAUUACUCUUUUUAUUUGGUGAAGAAAAAGUAAAAGAAAUGGUUGCAGACAAAGGAGAUUGCAUACAAGAGUAUUUGAACAACUAUUCCAAACAUAUAGCAUACAGUUCCAAUACCUACGAUCAGUACCAAGCUUUGUGUCGGAAAUUAAAUAUGUUAGAGUUGGAAGAUAGAAGAUUUGAUUCACAAACGUUGGCCAGGGAGACCAAACCUUUGCCAGAUUAUAAUCUACUUAAAGAGGAAAGUAAGAAGUUGCAAUUGAAAGUUAAAGCAUUCUUCUCUGGAGAAACUGAGAUUCCUAUUCAAAACGAAAAUGCAGAAGUUGAACCUGACAAAACAAAUGAUGAAGAAUACAAUUUUAAUAAAACUCAGUUACCACUUAUAGAUAAAAAUGCCCAAAAUGCACUAAGAAGAAGAAUUGUUUGCAAACAUUUGAACACAGUUUUGCCUGACUUACUCAAAUCUUUAGGACUACUAACAUUAACAAUUAGUACUGACAUACGAUUACUAGUUAACACAUUUAAGUUAAAAGCUAAUAAUAUAAUGUUUAAGCCAAUACAGUGGACCCUGAUAGCUAUAGUAUUUAUUAAACUACUUUCUCUAAGAGAUGGUAGGUUAGAGUUUUUGUUGGACCAGCCUAUGGCAUACCAACAUAUGCAAUUAUUGCUAUUAAGUUAUAAGCAAGAUGGAGGGUAUUUGGAUAGGUUAAUAUCAUGGCUUACCGAUAUUGACAGGUUACUGGAUGUUAAUGAUACACAAUUAACUAUUGAGAUUGCAACAUAAUAUUUGUGUUAUCAUGUUAUGUAAUUUAUUUUAUGAUGCACAAGGUUAUCAUUAGAUGAUGAAUGCGGGCAAUGAUUUAGAAAUGUGGUAGGUUAUGGCAGGUUUAAUAUUCUCAUUUCCUGAUCAAAAUGUAAGAAGGCAAAUAAUCUUAUUGGAAUAAAUAUCAUGUAAAACAAGAA